AUGGCCAAUGAAGAGGACCCCGGUUCGCCUAUCCCGCCACGGCCCGAUGAGAUUUCACCGAUAAGUACACCCGGAGGUUCACCAACAGUUGAAUCGCCGAAGUCAACCGUUAUUGAGAAAAUACGUAGUAAAAAACGGUUAUUAGAUGAAAGCAAAUCCGGAGGGAUUGGUCCAGAAAAUAAGAAUGAGGGGUCUAGAGAGAAGUCGCCGGAUGGAAAACCAACACCCAAGAAGCAGAAAUCCUCGAAGGCCGAUAAGAAAGCUACCGGAAAACCUCUAGGUCGUAUAGGUGUGGCCAGAGCUUCCAGUGCCGAACCCCCUCCUUCUAGGGUCACUAGGAGUGCCAGUGCAGAGGUGGAGAGAAGAUCAAGAAGUCCUAGCGCCGAACCUCCUCCGGCGAACAAACAGAAGACAGCCAAAACGGUCGUUUCACCAAUCUCAGAAGGGAGCGAAGUUAAGGACGAAGAACUUUCUGAGGUCGAUCACGACAAUGCGAUAAUGGCUUCGCCUGCACCUGUGCGCAAGGGCAAAGAGAUUGAAGGGAGGAAGGCUGGGAAUGGAAGGGCAACUAGAAAGACAUCUGCCAGCGGUCGCAGGGUAGACGCAGAAGCAACUGAACGCGAAGACACCAUUGCCCAAACGCCAAAAAGCAAAACCCCGAAACGUAAGCGCAACCCAUCUCAAUCAGAUGUUGAGGAAGAGAGCAAAGGGGAAACUACUACAAUCCCCCCGAGGAAGCCAUUUCACAGGCCUCCGAAGCUCGAACCCCAAAAUUCUGGCAUUGCCACAGGCAUUGGGUCACCACUUCCGACGGGCGUGGCAAUCGGGCAGCAGCAGAUGGUUGUAGCCACUAAAAAGUUUCUCCAACUCAGCGCCCCACUUCUAGGUGAUAUCAGCAGCCACAAAUUCGCCAACCUAUUCAUGAACCCCGUGAAUGAGCGAAUGGCACCCGGGUAUCGAAACCUAGUCUACAAGCCCGAAGAUCUUAAAUCCAUCAAAGCCGCAGUCAAGGCCGGCGCAGCAGCCGUAACCAACACUUCAACCGGUACCCCAGCAAUAACCACGCCAACAACCGAAUCCAUCGCCGCCUCGACCCCGCCGGCAAACACUUCAACCUUCACAACUCUCCCCGCAACAACCUUAAACACCCCCCCAAAGGGGAUAGUAAACUCAGUCCAGCUAGAAAAGGAGCUCUUCAGAAUGUUCGCCAAUGCAAUGAUGUACAAUAAGUCCAGCAGCGAGAUCGCGAAAGAGACCGUCAUGAUGGCCCGGGACGUGGAGGGGAUGGUAGAUAACUUUCGCACGGCGGAGGAAGCGGGGAUGAAAAAGGCCCUUGGCGCUAGCUUUGGGCCCGCAAGGAAGUUGGGCGGUGCUGGCAGUGGUAGCGCCGGCGAAGGAGAGAGCAUGGCCGACGAAGGCACAGAGAAGGAGACGGAAGACGGAGGUGGCGGUGGACAGGAAGGCAAGAAGAAGGUUGGAAGAAAGAAGAAGAGGCGUUAGCCUUCCACAUGCAUACCCAUCGAUCAUAGCUACCCCUACUACCUCCCACAUGGCCCUUUU